UCUAAGCCUCGGCAUUUUAAAUUUUUGGAAAAAUAUUUUACAAAUAAAUUUUUUAGCAUAAAUUAUCCAUUGAAUAUUAUUUACUAACAAGUGACUGCAUCUAAACAAUGCUGAAGGUUCCGAACCGACUCAAGAUGCCUGUGGCCGAGCAACAACCUCGGAUUGUUAAGAUAGAGCGACCUACGAGAGGAAUGAGACUCAGUCCCCUAAAAAUGUCGAUCGUUCAGCCACAGUCCUUAUUGCCCAAGGACAGCCCAAAUGUAGCUGAGGACCUGAAAAAUCGAUUGCUGGCUCUGCAAAGGCGUGUCGAGGAGUGGAAAUCCUCAAGCAAGCCCUGAGAUAAAGUGUAAAGCUAGGGGAGAUACUCAUUUAAUAAAUAACUUAAAUC